AUGGCUCCUCACAUCGACGCACCCUCUCCUGCUGGCAGCUUCACCACUGGCUUCAACGGCUUCAACCGGCCCUUCCGUCCUCUACACUCCUCGGCCUUGCCAGUGCCUAGUGGCCUGUCAUCUGCUGACUCGGCCUCGCCUCUGAGCAGUUCUUAUGGGAGCACAUCCGUUCAGAAUGAUUUACACAUGGAGAGGCCGCUAGUGCCCGGGGUCUAUGUGCCCACGAUGUGCUUCUUCGACGAGAACGAAGAUGUCGACACCGUGACAAUCGCCUCCCACGCCGUGCGACUGGCACGCGCAGGGGUGACUGGCCUUGCGACACAAGGGUCAAACGGAGAGGCGGUCCACCUGACCCACUCGGAGAGGUCACUGGUCACGUCAACCACGCGAAAAGCCUUGAACGACGCUGGUUUCUCCUCCAUGCCCCUGAUAGUUGGCUGUGGCAGCCAGAGUGUGCGAGAGACGGUCCAGUACUGCACCGAGGCAUGGCAGGCAGGCGGCGACUACGCGCUUGUCUUACCACCUUCCUACUACGCGCCCCUGUUCGCGCCAUCGUCAGGCACAGUCCUUGAGUUUUUCAACGCGGUCGCGGAUGCUUCGCCGAUCCCGAUCAUCAUCUACAACUUCCCAGGUGCAGUUGGCGGGUUGGAUCUGUCCUCAGAUAUCGUCAUCAAGCUCUCCGCUCACCCCAACAUUGUCGGAGUCAAGUUGACCUGUGGAAACACGGGGAAGCUGGCGAGAGUGGCUGCCGCCACCAAGAAGCUCACCAAGAACUACGACCCUAAGAAGCCCGAGUUCCUCGUGCUUGCCGGAUCAGCCGAUUUCACCAUCCAGUCCUUGGUUGCUGGUGGCCAUGGCAUCCUAGCCGGCCUGGCCAACAUCUCUCCCAAAGCGUGCAUCAGGACGGUCGAGCUUUUCAACUCCGAUAAGGUGGUCGAGGCUCAAGAAAUGCAAGAGACGGUCGCCUCUGGGGACUGGACUGCUAUCCAGGGUGGUGUCGUGGGCGUCAAGGCAGGUCUGCAAGCCUGGAACGGCUACGGCGGGUACGCCCGGAGCCCUUUGCCCAAGCCCACGGCCGAGCAAACACAGAGUUGGAAAGAGGGCUUCCGAGACCUCGUUUUGUUGGAGAAGAGCCUGUGA